CCGCAGAGAUAAACAUCACUUCAACGAUGUUGAAUGUAAAAAAAAUGUUGGGAGUUGUUAUUCUAAUAAUGAUAUCAGAUCAUUUCGUAGACGCAAAACCAAAGACAUACUCCGACUGUGUGAAGAAUUGUAAAAAGGUCGCAGGAGCCAAGAAAAAUAAAUGCGAUGGCUGGUGUAAGAUUCCAAAGGGAGAAAAGGUGGACGAUGUCUGUUGGAAGAAAUGUAUAGCAGAAUUAGGAGGUUCAGAAUUUAGGGCAUGUAUGAAAAACUGCACAGGGAAACCAGUGAAUUGCCUAUGGAAACAGUGGACCGACUGGGGCAAGUGUACGGAGUGUGGCAAAUGCUGUCAGAAACAUUGCACUAGGGCAAGAGGAAAAAUACCAUCACAAGGUGGAGGAAAGCCAUGUAAGGGAUCUAGCAUAGAAACCCAGAUGUUUAAAUGCAGCAAGAUUGAAUGCUCACAGCCCCAUACCAAACCAGGUACAUGUAGUGGAUGGGGAGAUCCACAUUACACAACUUUCGAUGGCUUACGUUAUGACUUCCAGGGCGAUUGCAAAUACAGUCUCGUAAGGGCCCUCGAUGGGGCAUUCAAGAUUGAAGUGAAGAAUGUUCGCACAUCACCCACCAGCUCUGUGUCA